AUGCCCCAAAGUCAACGUGACUGGUUGCUCAACUCUUUCCGUGGUAGAAGGAUUCGCUUUCUGGUCACGACAGACUUACUCAGUCGCGGAAUAGAUCUACCAGGGCUCCAGUACGUCAUCCUCUUCCGACCACCCGAAGACCCUACAGCGUAUGUGCACAGAGCCGGGCGGACGGGAAGGGCCGGUGACGAGGGCGAGGUCAUUACAUUGUAUGAUAAGAGUGAUUGGCCAAUGAUGCAAAAGAUCAUGGAAACGACCAAACAGAAUUUCGAGAACAGCAGUCUUCCGACGGAAGAAGAGCUGAGAUCACACGCGUAUGCAGCUGUCGCAACGGAGAUCUUGUCGGUUCCAUCCAAUUCCUGGAAGUGUCUUGAAGCGAUCGCCAGAGAAUUGGUGACCGAAGGCAAGGCACGGGAAGUCCUAGCACGAGUGGUAUCGCUGUUGAACACAGACGCUCAGCUGCAACCGGAAAAAAGCAAGGUUUCGCUCUAUUCCGGAGUGCCGGACUUCACCGCGGUCCUCAUAUCUGAUUUCGACCACACUCUCUACCCCUCAGUGGAGGCUCUACAGUCACGUGUACCAUGUCCCCUCGAGAGGGUGAGGAAAGCUGAGGCUGGCUGGGUUGCUGAUGUUGCGAACUCUAAUGUGGAUCACUUGAUGAAGUCUGGUGUUGUGGAAGUGAACAUUUUGGAUAGAGUACCCAAAACGUUUGAUGCUGAGAAGACGAAAAAAGCGAAGGGGAGGGGCGUGCCGUGGCGACAUGCACGAGAACUGACCAAGUUGAGAGCAGCCCGAAUCCGACAUAAACGACAGUCUCGGAAGAGUCAAUUGCAGCAGAGUAUGCGGAUAACAUGA